UGAAAGCAGUAAGGAAACUAACAGAAUACCCCCACACACCCCAUUGCAGUCAUUGUGUCCAGAACCACAUCGGAGAAGAUAUGGGCGGAGCAUUUAGUCGGCCAUGGAGGCCUUUGCCAAAGAAUAACCAGGAUACGCUGGAUUUUCUGAAAUCGUACAGUCCUCGAAAUCAUGAAGCUACCCAUCUCAGAAUUCUGCUUAUUGGGCAAACUGGUGAGGGGAAAUCUACCUUCAUCAACUCUGUUGACAGCGUUUUACAAGGCAGAGUUGCUAAUCGAGCUCCAACAGAUCAACACGUUACAGCAGAUUCAUUCACUAAAAAGUACAAAACAUAUAAAUUCUCCAAAACCAAUGAAGGUCAUUACUCAUUUGUUAUUAAUGACAUCAUGGGCAUGGAAAGGACCAAAGGCGUUCAUGUGGAAGACAUUAAGCUUGCCCUACGAGGACAUGUGAAAGAUGGUUACGAGUUUGAUCCUGAAAACAAGCUGGAAGAGGGAGAUCUAGGAUACAACGCUGCUCCUGAACUGAGUGAAAGAGUUCAUGUUGUGGUCACUGUUGUUCCUGCUGGCGUAGUGUCUUUACUAACUUCGGACAUGAUCGCAAAGCUGAGAGAUAUCAGACUGGCAGCCACUGCGUUGGGUAAGGUAGCAGUUGCAAAUUUUUCUGUAAUACAUUAUUUGGACUAAUUAUAUAUAUACA